AUUUCACUGUUAUUGAGAGCUAUUUUCUCUAUUUAAAAAAGAUAAGUCAGCAUUUUUUUUUCAAUGAAGGAAAAAAAUUGUAAGCCAUUAAAGGUUGUAUAUUAUGCAAGGAAAGACAAAAACGGAUUACUUAAAGAUCGCCUUCGACGGCACAACUUCAAUCAAAUAAACGGAAAGGCUCCAAGGUGUGCUUCGAGCUCUGGAAAUAUGGAAGUGAAAAGCAAAACUUACAUAAUACUGGAAUUAUUGAUACAGUAUAUCAAGGAGCUUAAAAACAGAAAUGUAAUGAUUUUAACAUUGGAGGAAUACAACACCAGGAUGGGUGUUAUGUGCAAAAUUUUGAAUCAACGAAUACAGGCGUUAGAAAAGAAAAUAAGUUUUACAGAGGAAGCAACCAAGUGAAAAAAGACUGUCUAGAUAUAUUUUGGUUUGGAAUGCUCGAUUUACAAAGGUACCAAGGCAAUGCAAUCAGAAUUCAGGAUUUUUUUUUCAAAUAAUACAAAAAAUACGAAGUGAUGGUAUGUGUUUGUUGAUGCUGAAUGCCUUGAUCCUUGGGAUAUUAGUUUUUAACAAGUAAACCCAUACAAUUAUGGAAAACUCGACGAUUUGCCACAGCUAGUGUUUUGCCUACAACAAAAAUGAACAACGUUUUAAUGGUGCAUUCUAUUAGAAAAGAAGAAACUAUAUACAUGUAUGUUAUGCUGUCUGUUCUCUUUGAAAUAUCCCCCCUCUUGUUUUAUUUUUAUUUAUUUUCUGGCAUUUUUUUUAUUAUUAUUAUUGUAUAUGUACCUCUGACCGGUUUGUUGCAGUAUAUUCAAAUCUCCCAUGGUAAUUGUAUUAAUGAAAUUUGUAUUAAAAUCCGUUUGUGGAAAAAGUUGAACCCCCCCCCCCCCCCCCCCACACACACACAAACGAAAUAGUAUUUUCGGAUUGGACAAUUUAGCCCUUUUUUCCUUCUCAAAAGACAUUUUGGGUAACUUGUAAAUUAUUCCCUCCCCCUUUCAACAAUGAUAUUACAUGCCUACUUGAAUUUGAACUUGUACAUUGCAUACCGAACAGAAUUUGAAAGUAACACAAUGUCCAAAUGAUAAUUUCAUAAGUAUUUAAUUUGAUUUACAUAAAUUUACAUAUCAAAAUAAAUUACAUAAACUACUUAAUUUGAUUAUGCACAUCUGUUUAUUUUGAGGAUGUAAAAUUUUGAUGUAAAUUUCAAUGCAAAUCGUUAGAUUCAAGUUUGACCUUUGUGUUAACCAGUGCAGUAUUUUUUUCUUAAGAUCAUCUGAAAAUUUAUAUAAUGUAUCAAUAUGCAUGUAAUCUUUUUACUGAAUAAUCUCAUUAAUGUUGUAUAUACUAGACGCAUUUUUGCCGUUAUCCUUAUGAAUUUCAAUUCAUUUAAUUUGUCUGAACAUUUUUCUCCGUCUAUAUUGGUAUUAAUUUACAUUACAUCAUAUGUA